AUGAAGCCUGCAAUUGAGCUCGAGCUGUUCCUCAAUCCCUCGAGUGCUCCAGCGGUCGAUGUGUCUGGUAUAUUGUCCCAUCCUCCCAAACUCUUGAAUUAUGCCGUCGCUAAUGAUUCCGAAGCGGAUUCGCUGCCUCCAACCGCUAAUUGCAUCUCUAUUCCGAACUCAGGAGCCGCGCUGAACCUCAAUAUGGAGCCUGGAGAGUCCAUCCGCGGUACCGAACCCCCAAUCUGCUAUCAGGUCGCCUUCUCCAACCUAACGCUGAUCGACUCCCAUGAUGCUUACGGCGUCCAAUAUGCGCUAGGUUCGGAAGUCAUCCAACAUGGUGAGUUCCACGGCCACCGCCCGCCGCCAUUGGGGCAUGCAUUUCGACCGUAUAUUGGCCAUAUUCCGCGCCUCGUCAGCCAAGCUGCCGCCACCAUCCAGGACGUAUACGAGGUAUCCGACAUGUACACGAAAGCUUUGAUGUUCGCAUCUACAGCCGGUACAAACGCAUGUGCGACUAGCACCUUCGUCAAGAAGCAAUGCCACAAGGCCUGGGACUGGGCAAAGAAGCGCGUUUUCGAGCCCACUAAGUGCUGGAUUCACACGAACGUUCUACCCUACCUACAGAAGUGCAUCGGCCGAGCCUGGACAUCUGCUAAGACUUCGAUCAAGAGUGAAUAUACCUACUCCAAGAGCAAGGACUUUUGGAAGGUCGUCGGCGAUGUCGUGGCAAAGAUUGGGUGGGUCGCUUGGAAUAGCAUGUGCUAUACCGUUGAGAAACCCCCAUGGGUCGCGGAACAAUUCAAAGUCCCGAUGCAAGAACUCGCGCACGCGGUCUGA